AUGAUUACAAAAACUGUGAACAGUAGUUUGUUUGAGUAUGUGGGGGCGUUGGUACUGGCCGAAGAAGCAUUGAAUGACGUGCUGUCCGUACUGAACACACCAGAAUUCGAAACGAUGGAAGGAUGGAAAAAGAAGAAGGAAAAGAAUAACGACACUGUCUUCUCGAAACGUUUCGAAUUUGGCAAAGUUUUCACGCUUCGAAUCGAAUUGGACGCACCUCGAGAGCAGCUUUUCACCGAACACUGGGAUCAUUUUGUUGAAACUGCGAACCUGAACAAAAAUACAUCGUUAGCUGAAAAAGUGGCAGUCUUGUCGCCGCAUGUCGAGAUAAUUCAUUACGCAAUGAAAGACGCUGGUCUGGUGAAGGGUCGCGAUUUUGUAACAAGUCGUAUUUAUCGUCGAAUUGAUGGUGAUAUUAUUGAGGCGGCUAGAAGUUAUGAUACGGAUGAAGUAGAGCGAUAUAAGAAAAAGAUUCGAGGUAAACUGAUAUUGGGUGGAGGUCGUUUUCGCGUGCAUCCGAAAGACGCGAACAAAACCGUGCUUGAUUAUCUGAUUUGUCUGGAUUUCAACGGACCUGAUUUGACGAAACCGGUUGUGGAAUCUACGCUUUCAAAGUUCAUUCUGCAAGAUGCAGACUGGGCUAGAGAAGAGAUCGAAAGGAAAAAGGCUGAAAACAAUUCGAAAUAG